GUGCUUGUCUAUCUGCACAAAGCGAAGGGCAACAAUGUCAGGAGGUAUGCAGGCGUUCCGCACGGUCAUGUCGAUGGGCCGGCGCCAGGGCGCGCGGCAGCUGGUGGCGGGCUCACAACGUGCGCCAUUCUCGGCUGCGGCCGUGUCCAUGCGCUCGGCCGAGGAGUGGAUGGAGAACAUCAAGCUUUCUGCCAAGAAGGACGUGUUGAUCAAACGCACUAAGCUGGCAUCGUUCCUCAAGACUGUGACGACGAGUGAGCAGCUGGAGGCGUCGAAGGAGAUCAUGAAGAUCUACGAGCAGAAGCGUGUGGACCCGGAUGCUAACGCUGCCGGUCUCUUCGUUAAGAAGGCACUGGAACUCAACGCACCCGACGUGGUGUUCGAUGUACUGGAAGCCAACUACCGUAUCGGCCUCUUCUUGGAGCCGGCCACACUCAACAAGUUGCUGUCUAAGUUUCUUAAGGACGGAGAGUUCGACAAGGUCUUUACGCUGCACGAGAUCGGCCACAGCAAGUACAACGUUAAGAGCACGGAGCGUACUUACGACAUCCUCAUCCGGGCGGCCAUCGAGCAGGCCGACUACGAGAAGGCCGUGGAUUUCCUUAAGACGGCAGCUGAGGUGCAAAAGUUGCAGCGCGUGACGUGCAACAACCUGCUGUUCAAGCUCAAGGACAACGACAUGCAGGAUAAGAUUGACGAAGUGGCUUCACUCAUGAAGACGGCGGGUGUCGAGCCCAACGACACGACCAAGAAGAUCUUGCAUUAG